GACAAGCAAUAAAGAGCCUGCAAGAAAUCAGUGCUGCAUGUCUGAAGGUACAGCAAAUGCAAUGGCCAUGGGCAGGUUUUGUGUAGGAGCUGCUUUCGUCGUAGCAAUUUGGAUGACCGAAGUCUCUUGCUCCUCAUUUGGAGGGACCAACGGGAGAUCCGGAGAUGAGAUCGGCCUGGGAAAUGUUCCACAAAAUGACCUAGCUGAUGUCAUUAAAAUGCAACAACUAAUUGAGGCCCUGUAUCAAGACCACUAUAUUAUAGAAGAAUACCUCAAGUCUGCUGCAAAAGCCUAUGACCACGUGACCACAGACCCCCUGGCCUCUAACAACGUGACUCAAGCCUCUGACCCCGUGACUCAAGCCUCUGACAUCUCUGAGAAGCUUGCUUCCAGUCAAAGCAACAACUCCAUGAUGCCCAUUCAUCACAAUCAAAAUGUUUCACAAACAUCGCUAAGCAAAGGUUGCAGGAAACACUAUAAGGCCGUUGGACUACAAUUGCUUAAGGCGAUAUCAAAUUACAAGGAUGUUAAAGAAGUAAGCCGAGAGUCGGAUCAGGUGAACGCCAAGGCAUCAUCAGGAACUGACCCCAAAGCAGUCGGGGCUGCUUUGGAUGCCUACGAUUUAGCCGCUCUGAAUAAUGUUUUAACUGGACAACAGCAUAAUGGACAAGAAACUGACUAUAAUGAAUGUAUGCCUUGAUAAUAAAAACUUAAUUUAUAC